CCAUCCAGUUAUCUUGGUUUAUCAUGUUUGCUUCUCGCUGGCAAAAUGGAACUGGUUCCUACUUUUAUAUUCAGCUAAACAAUACCCUAGAAUUUGCUAUGGACGUUGGAAAUAAUGUUGUUUCACUAAGUACUCAGAUGCAUAGUAUGGAGCUAGAAAAGUGGCAGAACCUUCGAAUUAUAUACCAUUCAAUCAAUAAUAUUGUGACCAUGGAGUUGAACAAGCGUUUGAUGUCAUUCACUACCUUUACUUCAACACUAUCAGAUCUCAGACUAUCCAGUGGAUCAUUAUACAUUGGUAGAACAUCACCGAAUGUUAGUAGCCCUCCUAGAUCAUUAGUCAAGUCUGGCUUUAAAGGUUGCAUUGAUCAGAUUAAAAUGUCAACGAAUGGAUAUUACACAGUUGAGGGCAUCACUGAAGCAGUUAAUAUUGUAAAUUGUUAUAACAAUAAUUAAGUAUUUUAGAAACUUUGAUAGGCUAACUUUUAAUGGACGAUGUUAUAGUUUUAUCGACUGUUGUGAAUGCUAGAGGUUUUUUAUCUCAUUUAGAAAGUUUAUGUGUCAGGCUACAACAUUCGAUUAAUGCUGCGGCAUCAACCUUAAGUUAUGUCUAGACUAGUUUGUUUACUAUUUUGAAUUAAUGUUGUAGGUGGUGUUAGAGUAAAUCCUUCUAUCAUCCCUUUUGAUCA